AUGGCCCAGUACUAUGGCGGUCCGCAGGGCGGCAACCCCGCGUACGGAGCAUCUGCACAGAACCUGCAGUUCUACCCGUCAACCUACUCACCCGGCGUGCCGGGACAGGCGAGCUCUCAGCAGGGCGCCUAUGGCUACGGUGCCCCCGGAGGCAGCGCGCCCGCCUACGGAGGCUUUGGCGGCAGCGGUGCCCCGGGCGGUGGAGCCGGCGUAUCGGGUCGAAUGGGCGAACAAGGCGGACUUCGCACCGGUUGGCUCGCAGCCUUCUCGACUGAGGGUUAUGAUGGCGAGCCGCCGCUGCUGGAAGAGCUUGGCGUGAACUUUUCCCAUAUUCGAGCCAAGACUCUCGCCGUGCUCAACCCCUUCCAGCGCAUCGACCAGCAUCUCAUGGACGACUCCGAUCUUGCCGGUCCCAUCAUCUCCUUCCUCCUCUUCGGCACCUUUCUGCUCUUCUCUGGCAAGGUCCACUUUGGCUACAUCUACGGCCUAGCUCUUCUGGGUUCCACGUCGCUGCACAUCAUCCUAUCGCUCAUGUCGCCCGACGGCCACGUCGGACCGGCUGCGGCUGCUUACGGCGUGCCCCCGGCGACGCCCUCGACGCCCGCCUAUCCAGACACCGGCGGCACCGGCAGUGGCGGCCGCAUCGGCAACAGCACGGGCGUCAGCGGCAACAUCGGCAGCGGCAGUGGUGGUCGCGGCGGCAACAACAACGGUGGCAGUGGCGGCAACGGCGGCGUCGGCAAGCACGGACGCAGCGCCAGCCUCAGCCACCUGUCGAGCACCCUGACGUUUCCGCGGUCGGCCAGCGUGCUGGGCUACUGCCUGCUGCCGCUCGUGGCCACAAGCCUCGUCGGCAUCGUCAUGCCCAUGGACACGCCGCUGGGCAUCGUCAUGACCACGGCCGCCAUCUGCUGGUGCACCUACAGCGCCUCGAGCAUGUUCUGCGCCGUCGGCCGUAUGCGUGGUAUGCGCGGCUUGGUCGCUUACCCGCUCGCGCUCUUCUACGUCGGCUUCGGCAUCAUGGGCGUCUUUAGCAGUCGUGGAAGCGGAUCCAUGGCCAAGGUUAUCGGUGGCCGCGUGGGGGGCGCGUGA